CCCCCGGGCUGGCUAAGUCCCUCCCGCUCGCCUUCCUCUGCCUCACUAGCGGCAGCUCUCGGUGCAGCAGCAGGGACGGGGCAGAGCGGCGCGGCGCGGCCUGAGCCCACCGGCAGACAGUACAAUACAGCCCGGCACACACCGCCACCCUCCCCCCCGCUCGGCCGCCCCACUCCGGAUCCUUAGCGGCCUCCGCGCACGCACGAUGCCCUCGGCCACCAACACCACCAGCAGCGGCAAGGCGUCCGGGCCGCCGCCGGGCUCCUCCUCCGGCGCCGAGGCCGCGGCCGGCGGCGCCUCGGGGCCUGCGGGCGCGGCGGCGGCGGGGUCGCAGCAGCAGGCCGCGAGCGGCCCCGGCUCGGUGCAGACGGAGGCCAUGAAGCAGAUCCUGGGCGUGAUCGACAAGAAGCUCCGCAACCUGGAGAAGAAGAAGGGUAAGCUUGAUGAUUACCAGGAUCGAAUGAACAAGGGGGAAAGACUUAAUCAAGAUCAACUGGAUGCAGUGUCUAAGUACCAGGAAGUCACAAAUAACUUGGAGUUUGCAAAAGAACUGCAGCGGAGUUUCAUGGCCCUGAGCCAAGAUAUUCAAAAAACAAUAAAAAAGACAGCCAGGCGAGAACAGCUCAUGCGAGAGGAAGCAGAACAAAAGCGUUUAAAGACUGUCCUUGAGCUGCAGUUUGUUCUGGACAAGUUAGGUGAUGAUGAUGUCCGUAGUGACCUGAAGCAAGGUGUCAAUGGUGUGCCCAUAUUAAGUGAAAGUGAAAUGUCAGUUCUGGAUGAUUUCUACAAGCUAGUCCAACCUGAACGGGACAUGAGCAUGAGGCUGAAUGAACAGUAUGAACAAGCAUCCAUUCAUCUGUGGGACUUGUUGGAAGGAAAGGAAAAAACAGUGUGUGGAACAACCUACAAAGUCCUCAAGGAGCUGGUGGAACGCAUUUUUCAGACCAGUUACUUUGAUAGCACCCACAACCACCAGAAUGGCUUGUGUGAGGAAGAAGAGGCAGCUGCUCUUCCGACUGGGGAAGACCAGGCAGCAGAAGCUGAAGUUGAGCCGGCAGAAGAAUAUGCUGAACAAAAUGAAGUUGAGUCAACAGAGUAUGUAAAUAGACAGUUUAUGGCAGAGACUCAGUUCAGCAACAGUGAAAAGGAACAGGUAGAUGAAUGGACAGUUGAAACAGUUGAGGUGGUAAACUCCCUUCAGCAGCAGCCGCAGGCCGCUUCCCCCUCUGUGCCAGAAGCCCACUCUUUGGCUCCAGUGGCUCAGGACCCUCUUGUGAGAAGACAACGAGUGCAGGACCUCAUGGCACAAAUGCAGGGGCCAUACAAUUUCAUCCAGGAUUCCAUGCUGGACUUUGAAAGUCAGACACUUGAUCCCGCGAUUGUGUCUGCACAGCCUAUGAAUCCGUCCCAGAGCAUGGACAUGCCUCAGCUUGUCUGCCCUCCAGUUCACACUGAAUCUAGACUUGCUCAGCCUAAUCAAGUUCCUGUACAGCCAGAAGCUACGCAGGUGAGGGUACCUUUGGUUUCUUCAACUAGUGAGGGAUACACAACAUCCCAGCCCAUGUACCAGCCUUCUCAUGCUGGAGAUCAGCGACCUCAGAAGGAAUCCAUUGACCAGAUUCAGGCCGCAAUAUCACUGACUGCAGACCAGGCCCCGGCAUCCUCACCCCUUCCUGCUGCCUCUCAGCCCCAGGUAUUCCCAGCUGCAUCAAGCAAACCUUUACACAGCAGUGGCAUCAAUGUCAAUGCAGCUCCAUUCCAGUCCAUGCAAACGGUAUUCAAUAUGAAUGCCCCUGUUCCUCCUGUUAAUGAGCCAGAAACGUUAAAGCAACAGAAUCAGUACCAGGCUAGUUACAACCAGAGCUUUUCCAAUCAGCCUCACCAAGUAGAGCAAACAGAACUUCAGCAAGAGCAGCUUCAGGCCGUGGUUGGUACCUACCAUGGUUCCCAGGACCAGUCGCACCAGGUGGCAGGUAACCACCAGCAACCUCCACAGCAGAACACUGGAUUUCCACGUAGCAGUCAGCCCUAUUACAACAGCCGAGGAGUGUCACGUGGAGGGUCUCGUGGCACUAGAGGCUUAAUGAAUGGAUAUAGGGGUCCUGCCAAUGGAUUUAGAGGAGGCUAUGAUGGCUACCGCCCUUCAUUUUCUAACACUCCAAAUAGUGGUUACACGCAAUCCCAGUUCAGUGCUCCACGAGAUUACUCCAAUUACCAGCGGGAUGGAUAUCAACAAAACUUCAAGAGAGGAUCUGGGCAGAGUGGACCACGGGGAGCCCCUAGAGGUCGUGGAGGGCCCCCAAGACCCAACCGAGGGAUGCCGCCAAUGAACACUCAGCAAGUGAAUUAGACUGGUUCACAGGAUUCUGUUUCAGACGCCAAAAACACACUGGCCAGUGUCCCAUAACAUGUUACCAGAAGAGUUAUUAUCUAUUUGUUCUCCCUUUCAGGAAACUCAUUGGUAAAGGGACUGUUUUCACCCCAUAAAGACAGGACUAGAGUUGUCAGCUUUAUGUUACCUGGAUAUGGAAGGAAACGAUCUUUACUCUGCAUGUUCUGUCAUAAGCGUCAUCUUGAGCCUUGUACACGAUACUCAGAUUCCUCACCCUUGCUUAGGAGCAAAGCAAAACACACACACUUUGGGGGUGAUCAGAUCUUCAGGGUUUUUUGAUUGAAAUGGCUUGGAAAAAAGCAAGAUUGACUCAUUUUUGACAUUGGAUAAAAUCGGCAAAUCAGCCCUAGAGUUGAUGUUUUGAUGGUAAUUGACAAAAACUAAAAUAUUUCCUGUGAAAGGAAGAUGGAAAGAGUGGAGUGUGGUUUGGCAGAGCGACUGCAUUUCACAGCUUUUUCUGGUUUAAAUUGGAGCAGUGAACGUUUAGAUGCAUACUAAAAGAUGCAUGGGUCCCUAAUUACACGAGUAAGGCUGGCUACCAGCUUUGACACAGCACUAUUCAUCACCAGGCCAAACUACUGUGGUUAAAAAUAUAUACAUAUAAAUUGCUUUGUAACAGCUGAUAUUGUACAAGACAAAGCCAAAAUGCAAAAUUAGGCUUUGAUUGGCACUUUAAAAAAAAUCUGCAACAAAUAUGGGAUAUAAUCUGGAUGGCCGCUUCUGUAUUUAAUGUGAAGUAUUUAGAUACCUUUUGGAACACAUUUAACAGUUUCUUUGAUAGCAAUGACUUUUGUAAGGAUUGGUACUAUAUAUUUAUCAUUCCUUAUGACAUGCACAUUGUCUGUCACUAAUACUUGACCUUGCUGUAUUGUCAUCUAAGUAAUUGGUACAGGUACUGAUGGAAAUCAUAACACUUUUGGUCACAUGUCUCUUUCCGCAGCCUGAUGGUUUUUAAAAGAAAAAGAUAUCAAAUGCCUGCCUCUGCCUCCCUUUUAAUUGCUAUCUUUUGAAAAGCACCAGUAUGCGUUUGGAUCGAUUUCCCCUUUUAAGGGAAAUGACAGCUAGCAGUUUCAGUUCUAAUGGUAUAAUUAAAACAAAUAAAACGUGUUUAUAAAAAUUGUA